ACAUCUAUUGAUAAUAAAUCACGUGAUCAAGUAUUUUGUUAAGAAAAAAAUGAUUGAAAAUGGACAAAACGAGUGAAAUAAGUCAAAAGCCAGAGAAAAAUAAAUCUAAAGAAAAUUCCGAUUACAUAUUGAGAAAAACAACUCCUCCGUCUUUUCCUAGAAGAAAAAAGGACAUUUAUGUAUCAAACAAAUCGAGCAUCCAGGCGCUGAUAAAAAAGUGUGAAAAAUUGUUUGAUUCUGGAGAAACAGAGCUUAUUAUUCAUGGUCUUGGUGCUGCUCAGUACAGAGCUUAUGAACUAGCUUUGCAAUUGCAGUCGAUUCAUCAAGGUACCUUGGGUCUGGAUGUUCGUACUGGAACAGUUAAAUUAACUGAUGAUUUAGAGCCACUGACUGAUGAAGGAGAUUACAAAUUAAAUCAUAGAUUAAAUUCAUCAGCGCACAUUAGAGUAUUUAGAACAGUACUUGUGGGUCCUUUCAAGUAUGCUAGCUAAUUAUUGAAUAAUAACUAGCUUAUUUAAUCAAUAAAUUAAAAAUUUAAUUGCAUACUUAAACUGUCAUGUCUUCCGUUUAAAAUAAAAAAUAAAAGUAAAAUAAUAGCUAAAA